GCAGCAUGUGAUGUAUGUAUAUCAUCGUGCUCCAUACAUCAUAGUCAUACUGUGUCAAGAGUCACGAUAAUCUUGACACAUUUGCAAAUUGCAACAGCUCGACGGCCUGGAAACUUCAAAAGGAACAAACUUGCCCCCGUCCUUAAAUCCCUCUCCAACCGAUUUGGGAGUGUUUGAUAGCAUACAGCAUGAUGGCAGCAAGCAAUACCGACUACGAAGCCGACCUGAAAGAGGACCUACUCGAGGGACUCGCGGCCAUCAGCGCGACACCCGGGUUGAUAGCUGGGCCGACAGCCGGUGCACUCGAAUUGCAAACGGACACACUCCGCCAUGCACUUGAGCGCUGGCAUCACCACUCGGCUGAUCCCAACGCCACCCACGUCCCCAGUCACCUCUACCAUCUGCUUGAUCGCCAAUACGCCCAAGCUUCGAUGUCCUUCAAUGCACUCAUGCCCAACGACUCCGCCCAGGUACUAGGAUUACUAGACCUCACUCGCGAACGUCCCUUCGAGAUCCUCCUGGCCGCCUUGGAGAAAAAAGAGCUGGGCGAUGUCCAGCCCCACGACCCGAAUAUAUACGUCGAUUAUGACCCCGAGUGUCACGAUAUCUCCGAGUUCGAAGCCGAGGAAGCAAGCACUUUGCACGAAAUGACCAGGGUGCGCAAAGUCAGCUAUACGGUCAAGGCGCUUCGAACACUCGAUGGCACAACUAUCGCAACCAACUUCCCCUUCGACACGAGCUUUUGUCUGGUCGAUGAUCCCUUUGAGGACAUGGAGAUUACCGAGGAAAGAUACAGAGCGUUCAAGGGCAGGAGGGACCCUACUGCUACCCAUUUUUAUCGACUUUCUGCUCUGGUCUUGGUUCCUUGUCACCGCUUUGGCUUGUUUUUGUCUGAAUGUCAUGAACAUCAAGCUUCAUCGAGAUAGAUGAUAUUGGUAUCUUACACAGUAACGAUCGGUAUGACCUCGAUGAUAAUAACACUGGAGAAUAAGGUUGAUCUACGUAGUGAAACAAUCAGUUGGAGGUUGAUUGAACAAAGAGAAAACCUAUAACAAUGGAAGAGGGCCAACUCUAUUAGAUCAACUGAGCUUGAACCUGCAACCGCAGCGCAAAUGAUAACUGUGUAUGCGGAUGUCUUGAAUAUGCAAGAAGAGAUGAAACUAAGUUUGAAAGAGAAAGCGACAACCAAGUUCAAUGAAAUCCACAACAGGAUGUGGGCCAGGAUCCCAUGCAAUGCUCACUUCAACUCAUCCUCAAGCCACCUCAAAAAACCCCUUUCUUCCUGCCCUUCAGAUCCCAGACCACUGCUU